UAACAUUGCGUAAUAAAGUGGGGAAUCAAUUUAAAUAAGCACUAAUUUACACUAUAAAGAACGCUUUUAAACAUCCAAUCGUAAAGGCUAUGAAAAGUCAAUUAUGUUCCGUCUUGAUUUUCAUUUUCGGGAAAACAUUUUACUGCAGUUGGGAAAACGAUUUUUUACGGGCUAUUAUAUCUGACAUUUUCUUGCAUCUUCCACACAUUUUACAAUAGCAAUGUACCGUUACUGUCGAAGUGUUUUUGUGUUGUUUAAAUUUCUUUUGUUAAUGAGAUGUUGUAGCUUUAUUAGUCAUUCUUAUAAUUUCCAGGUCUGGUCCGUAUGUAAAGCAUCGUGUUUCAUUUUAGUCACUUGCAAUAGUUGCAUCAUUUUUAGCAGUAUUUUAUAAAUUAAUUUUCACUUGAGACUGAAACAGUACAGAGUAUUUUAUUUUUAAAUGAGUUUGGACUGGACUGAACUGAACUAAAUAGAUAAAAUCAAUUUCGUCAAAAAAUAAAUAACUAAAAUGAAUAAAAAUAAUAAUAGUUAUGUUAUUUUUAUUUUUUUAUUUUUUUAAAUUAACACUCAAGAAUGUAUAAUGUUUCGUACAUUCUGUAGCUAUACAAAGCUAUUAUAUUUCAGCACCACAACCGCGGACAGCGCCUGUCCUGAUUUUUGUACUUUAGUUUAUACACGUUGUAUUACUUUUGCUUUCAGAUAUGGUUUACUUUAAGGCUGACGAUAUUUUUAUAAAAUUUAAAUCUGAAAAGAGUAAUUUUAAUAAAACGGCCACUGCUGAUUUAUUUCUGUCGUUUUUUCGUUAAAUACAUGAAUGUUGCAAUGAACAAAAAAUACUCCGAGUGUCGCUAUUCACCAAGACUGCAGGGUGAUGCGUCUCUCCUCCUACAUUUAAUAUAUUCAUCUGCAGCUCCGUCUGUUAGAAUAACCUCGACACAAAAUGGAGUAAUCGUCCGCCGACGUUGUUAAAAUUAUUGGAAUAGCAUAUUUUAGCAGUUACAUUUGGGCAAACAAACUGGCAACAUCAGCUCUCCAAAUAUGGAGAACGGAAUUUUAAUUUCUUUUUGUGCGUGUUUCGUGGGUCUCUUUGUCUUUCCUAUCAAAAUCUCCUGCGCAGAUCUGAGCUACAAUGUUCCAGAAGAAAUGAAGCGUCAGUAUGUGAUCGGAAAUGUAGCCAAAGACCUCAGGAUUGAUGUCAAACAAUUAUUCGCUCGAAAGGCUCGGAUAGAAACUGAGGAUAACAGCAAACGGUAUUGUGAUAUAAAUCUGAAUUCUGGUGACUUAAUCGUGGCAGACACAGUAAACCGGGAGCAGCUUUGCGGUUCUCGACCUUCCUGCAUUCGCACUUAUGAGCUAGUUCUAGAAAAUCCUCUUGAGGUGCACCGUGUAAUUUUACAAAUUCAGGAUAUCAAUGACAACGCCCCUCGCUUUCCCAGUGAGCGCAUUAACUUUGAAAUCACAGAAUCAGCAGUUAAAGGCCAACGAUUUCGUUUGGAAGAAGCACAUGAUUCAGACAUUGGACAUAAUGCCGUAAAAAGUUACUCAUUACAGAAAAAUGAACAUUUCAUAUUGACUGUACAUGAUACUGCAGAUGGAGGAAAAUACGCUGAACUCGUACUAGAAAAAGAACUGGAUCGUGAACAACAGAAGGAGAUAGAUAUGAUACUCACAGCAACGGAUGGUGGUACACCACAGAGAUCUGGUACUGCUGUCAUACACAUUACUGUUCUAGAUGCUAAUGAUAAUGUACCAGUAUUCAGUCAGUCUGUUUAUAAGGUUACUCUGCCUGAAAAUACACCGUCAGGUACAUCAGUAAUCACAGUGAGUGCCACAGAUGCCGAUGAGGGUCCAAAUGGAGAAGUAUCAUUUGAGCUCAGAAAAAUAUCAGAAGAUGCUGCAAAAUUAUUUUCUAUAGACAAGACAACAGGACAGAUUGUGUUGAUCGGAGAACUUGAUUAUGAGGAAGAACAAAAUUAUGAAAUUGGUAUUCAGGCCAAAGAUGCAUCUGGAUUAUCAUCAACUGCUAAAGUGAUCAUAGAUAUAAGUGAUGUGAAUGACAAUCCACCCAAAAUCAUUCUGAAGUCUUUGAAUAAGCCAAUACCUGAGAAUUCAGCGCCAGGUACUGAGGUGGGUAUCAUUAAUGUUCAAGACAAAGAUUCAGGAGAAAAUCGGCAGAUUCGCUGCUCUGUUCAGCAAAAUGUUCCUUUCAAACUAAACCCAUCUGUUAAAAACUAUUUCUCUCUAGUAACUACAAACACUCUUGAUCGAGAGAAAGAAUCAGAUUACAACAUAACUGUAACAGCAACUGAUGGAGGAUCACCACCAAUAUCCACUUCCAUGACAAUUCAUUUAUCUAUCUCAGAUGUGAAUGACAAUCCUCCUGUAUUUGAGCAGCAGUCCUACAGUACUUAUGUGACUGAAAACAACAAACCAGGCACAUCUGUUUGUUCAGUCAGUGCAAAUGAUCCAGACUGGAGGCAGAACGGCACUGUACUUUACUCUCUGAUAUCCAGUGAGGUCAAUGGUGUUCCAGUGUCCUCAUUUUUAUCUAUUAACGGAGAUACAGGGGUGAUCCAUGCUGUAAGAUCUUUUGACUAUGAGCAGUUCAGAAACUUUACAGUCCAAGUUGUUGCCAGAGAUAAUGGAUCUCCACCGCUCAGCAGUAACGUGACUGUGAAAGUCUUCAUAACAGAUGAGAAUGAUAACUCUCCACAGAUAUUAUACCCUGUUCCAGACGGAAAAUCUCUAAUGACUGAGAUGAUCCCUAAAGUGACUCUCUCAGGCUCUCUGGUCUCAAAGGUGAUCGCUGUGGAUGCUGACUCUGGACAGAACGCAUGGCUCUCCUAUCAGAUUGUGAAGUCUACUGAUCCUGGACUUUUCAACAUUGGCCUUCAUAGUGGAGAGAUCAGAACACAACGAGACAUUUCUGAAUCUGACAAUAUGAAGCAGAACCUCAUAAUUUCAGUGAAGGAUAACGGACAACCAUCUCUCUCUACAACCUGUGCUGUAAAUUUAUUAAUUUCUGACAACCCUUCUGAAGUUCCAGAACUUAAAGAUAUGACUUAUGAGGAGAGCAACUCUAAAUUAACAUCAUACUUGAUCAUUGCAUUAGUGUCCGUGUCCACCUUCUUUCUGACGUUCAUUACAUUGAUUCUGGUCCUGAAGGUUUGUCGCAGGAGAAAGCCCAGACUGCUGUUUGAUGGAGCGGUCGCUGUCCCCAGCGCCUAUCUACCUCCUAACUAUGCAGAGGUGGAUGGAGCAGGAACUCUCCGAAGCGCUUAUAAUUACGACACAUAUUUAACAACAGGCUCACGCACCAGUGAUUUCAAGUUUGUUACAUCUUAUAAUGACAACACACUUCCUGCUGAUGGUACUCUGAAACAGGAACACAACAGACACUUUGACCCGAGCAUGAUAACACUAAACUUUACAGAAGAUGACGAUGAGGUAAGAACAAAUCCUAAGUCUUAAAUUCUAAUUCGUGAAUGUAAGGAGAAAUGUAUGGCCAAUGCUGAAUGUUAAAACUACAAUAAUAGCUGGUUUACAAGAAUCCCAAGUAGUUGUGGAGAAAACUGUAUCCUGUAUUGUUAUGUCAUUAGCUUUGGUUUGUGAGGAAUAUCCUAAAUGUAUGUUUUUCCUGACUUGUAACUUUGUAUUUGAUAUUUGAUGUUUAACAAUAAUUAUUUAGCAAUUAACAGUAUUAAUGAACCUUUUAACAAAAAAAGAAAAAGUGUCAUUGAGAUUUACAUUUACAUUAUAAUCUUUAUAGGGGUUGUUUCCCAGGCAGGGAUUAAUUUAAGCCAGGACUAGGCCUUAGUUUAAUUAGGAAAUAUAACUAGUUUGAACAAACAUGCCUUACUAAAAUAUUACUUGUGUGCAUUCUGAGGCAUAACAAUGGGCACUGAUGUAUUUUAAGAUAUGUCAGUGUAAAUUGUUUGAACAGCUCUUACAUUUAUUUUAGUCUGUGACUAGUCUAAUCACUGUCCGGGAAACCGCCCCUAUAUCUGUUUUAUCUUUAAACAAACUAUAAACCUUUUAUUUUUCCAUUACAUCCUUAGUGAAAAAUAAAUAUGCUAAGUAUAUUACAUUCUGUAAUACAUGCAGCUAGACCAGCUUCAAGUGUUUUAAUGAUUUAUUAACUUUAGAAGUGCUAUUUUGGAACAACUAAUUUUCUACUAAGUUAUAUUAGUUGUUGUUGUUAAAUUGUAGUUUGGCACAAUCUAAAGUGUAUUUAGUGAACUUGUAUGUGCUAAAGUGAAACAACUUAAGCUUUGUACACCUUAUAUACUGUAUAUAAGUGAAUAGUUGAGUCGGAUCAGUGCAAUAAAUUUCUUUAAAUGGUAACAUCUCAUCAAAUAAAAGGUUUCAAAUAGUUGGUUAAAACAGACUCAAUAAUGAUUCAUUUUAAAUAUAUUUCAUAUAUAUUUUUAUAUAAAUAUUUUAUUCAAAGCAUUCAUGGAAUACAGUGCUUGCUUUAUAAAGGAACAAUUAUUCACGUUCAGUAACACAUAAAAAGAUGUCAUAUAAUGUCAAGAUGAUUUGCUAUUUCUCGCCCCAAAUCAAUUUAAUAAGACACUUAACAUAGCAGAUAGUAUAUUUACUUAAUGUUUUUUUUUUUUUAUUAUUCUGAUAUAUUAAAGGGCACUAUAAAGGGACAUUUUUGCAAGAUGUAUACACUCACCUAAUGGAUUAUUAGGAACACCAUACUAAUACUGUGUUUGACCCCCUUUUGCCUUCAGAACUGCCUUAAUUCUACGUGGCAUUGAUGGUGCUGAAAGCAUUCUUUAGAAACGUUGUCCAAUAUUGAUAGGAUAGCAUCUUGCAGUUGAUGGAGAUUUGUGGGAUGCACAUCCAGGGCACGAAGCUUCCACCACAUCCCAAAGAGGCUAUAUUGGGUUGAAAUCUGGUGACUGUGGGGCCCAUUUUAGUACAGUGAACUCAUUGUCAUGUUCAGGAAACCAAUUUGAAAUUAUUCAAGCUUUGUGACAUGGUGGAGGAUGGGUAUCAGAGGAUAGGUACAUGGUGGUCAUAAAGGGACGGACAUGGUCAGAAACAAUGCUUAGGUAGGCUGUGGAAUUUAAACGAUGCCCAAUUGGCACUAAGGGGCCUAAAGUGUGCUAAGAAAACAUCCCCCACACCAUCACACCAUUGCAUUAAUGAGAAAUUGAACAGGUGUUCCUAAUAAUCCUUUAGGUGAGUGUAUAAGUUUCAGGUGUUCCUCGAAUGUGUCUGCGAAGUUUCAGCUCAAAUACCCCACAGAUCAUUUGUAUGUCCAAAAUGCCUCUAAUUGGGUAAAAGCAAAAAAGCCGUUUUCAUGUAUGUAUACCUUAAAAUGAAUAUAAGCUACGGCUCCUCACUGUCUUACCAACUGAAACACAUUAGCGCUACAAUGUGCUAACAAACAUAUUUAGAAAAGCUUUUGGGUAAAAUUAACCAGUCAGUCAGUGACCGUGGGUAGGACUUUAUCUGUGUGAUGUCACAUUAACAAAAGAAUCCAAACAGUAUGUCUAAUGAGACUGCUUUGGUGUAAUUGGGAUUUAAAAGAAGGAUGUUUUUUUCCAUUGUAGGGUUGUUGUGUUCACAUACUGCCAACACACAUACUGUCCAAACUACUAAAAGUGGAUUUUGCAUAAUAUGUGCCCUUUAAAAACUUUUCAUUAUUAAAGGUCCUAUUCUUCCUGUGUUUUUGAAGCUUUGAUUAUGUUUACAGUGCGCAAUAUAACACAUGUUCAUGUUUCACGUGUAAAAAAAACUUAUUAUUUUGCACACAACUUACUUAUCUCUAUACCCCUGUU